AUGACCGCCCCGAUUGAAACCGAGGACACCCCCCUGACCCUGCUCACACCCGAUUUCAAGUGCUCCGGGGUUAAGCGCAUGCAGCGUUCCCUCGACUACGCUCAGCAUCCUCGGAAGUAUCUCGAGAAUGUGCUUGGCGCCGAGACAUUUACCGACCGGGAGCAUCUGUUCUGUUUGCCGGAGGUGGGGAAACCCGACGUCGAGAUGGAUGUGUACGGGGCUGGUGGGCAUAUGAAGAAAUUCCAGGGGCAUGUGGCGGAGAAGGUGUUGGGGAAGAAGCAUGGAUUGUUCUUUGGGACUGGCGUGGCCGCACAACUAUCGGCAUUGAAAGAGCAUUGCACCGGAAAGGGCAACAAUCUUGCCGCAUGGCACCAUCUAUCGCACUUGGAAGGCCAUGAAGAGAGUGCUUUCGACACUUUGUGGGGCUUGCGGCGCACACUCAUCGGCGAACCCACAAAGGUGCCAACGGUCGCGGAUAUCGAAACUUUAACGACUCUCCCCGAAGCGGAGCGUCCUGCUGUGAUUCUGCUGGAAGUACCCAACCGCGAGCUGGCUUGCCGGACAUUCCUUUUCGAGGAUCUAGUGCACAUUUCGAAACUCUGCCGCGCGGCUGGGGUCGCACUGCAUUUGGACGGCGCAAGGUUGUGGGAGAUUGAGCCUUACUAUCAAGAGCAAAGCGGGAAAUCGAUCAAGGAUAUCACCGCAUUGUUCGAUUCUGUCUAUGUCAGCCUCUACAAAGGAUUGGGAGGACACGCGGGCGCGAUACUCGCCAGCGAUAACGAAAGCUUCAUGGCGGCCACCAAAACAUGGCGGAGACGCGCGGGCGUCAACCCCAUUACAUCCUACCAAGAAACCAUCGAUUGCGAACGAGGGUUCAACGAAAACAUCGGCACGUUCGCGCAAAAAUACGCCAAGCUCAAAUCCGUAGCCGCCGCCAUCACACAAGCCACCUCCCCCUUCCACGCGCCAGACGGCUCCCGCUUUAUCGUCUUUGAACCCUCCAUCCCAACCUGCUCGCAAACCGUGAUCCGUUUCCACGGUGCAACAUCCCAGCAGCUCAAAGACGCCGUUGCGCUGGUGGAGAAGCAGCACCGUAUCCGAAUCGCGGCGAGAUUUGCGCCGUGGACGGAGAGCGUGGAGGAGAAGAAGCAGGCGAUUGUCGCGCGGACUAAGAGGCAGGAGGAGGUGGAUGCGGGACGGACGCCCGUGGAGCCGGAGGAUACGCGCGAGCACUACUUUGAGAUGCACGUGACGAGGGAGCAGUUGAAGGUUGAGGAUGGGCUAUAUGUGAAGGCGUAUGUGGCGUUUUGUGAGGCGGUUAUGGAGAGCAUUGCGAGCGAGGGAAAGGUCAGUCAGACUAAGGCGUAGAUAGCGUGUACGUAGGAAGAUCUCAGAACAGUGCUUCGUAUAGAGAAAAUAUGUCUGGUUGCCAUCAGACUUUAUUAUGCGGGUUGCUCAGACGAGACUGGUGUCGUUUACAAUAGACAAGAUCACAUAUCA